CUGCCCUUUCGGCAAAUUACAAUUCCAACGCCUUUUUCCAACUCAUAGACUAAGACUCCCCCAUCUCUCUCUUCCUUUUGUAUUCAUUCUAGCUCAUUAUCUCCCCCUCUCUAGAUUGACAAACAAAGCAAAGGGCUAUCAGCCGAUCUACAGACCAAACAUUUUUCCUUCUUUGGAAUUCGUAAUUUUCCGAAAGCUGAAGUGACCGGAAGUGUGACCAAAGCUCAGGUCUCCGUUGAGGGCCUAUGCUAGACUAGUGCGACCGUAUACGCACGCACAUUCAUACUGGAGAAAGAGGAUGGGUCUAUAUUUAUGAAAUAAAUAAAACCCAAAAAUCUUGUUCAUUUUUACUAGCUAAAGAUUGAAAGUUUCUCGGAAGAUAGGGUUGUUUAGGAAGAAUUCUGUGAACUGAAAAAGGGUUAAUUUGGUGAAGAUGGGAAGAGGAAAGAUCGAGAUCAAGAGGAUUGAGAACACCACCAAUCGUCAGGUUACCUUUUGCAAGCGCAGGAAUGGGCUGCUCAAGAAAGCUUACGAACUUUCAGUCCUUUGUGAUGCGGAAGUGGCUCUCAUUGUCUUCUCCAGCCGUGGCCGCCUCUAUGAGUACUCCAAUAACAACAUAAGAUCAACAAUAGAGAGGUACAAGAAGGCAUGUUCAGAUAGUUCAAACACAAACACUGUUACUGAAAUCAAUGCUCAGUAUUAUCAGCAAGAAUCGGCCAAAUUGAGACAGCAGAUACAAAUGCUACAGAAUUCUAACAGGCACCUGAUGGGAGAUUCCUUGAGUUCCUUAACUGUUAAGGAGUUAAAGCAGCUAGAGAAUAGGCUUGAGCGUGGCAUUACUAGGAUCAGGUCAAAGAAGCACGAAAUGCUGCUAGCUGAAAUAGAGUAUAUGCAGAAAAGGGAAACUGAGUUGGAAAAUGAAAGCGUUUGUCUACGAACCAAGAUUGCAGAAAUUGAGAGGCUUCAGCAGGCAAACAUGGUGAGUGGACCAGAGCUCAAUGCAAUCCAAGCACUAACUUCUCGCAAUUUCUUUAGCCCAAAUGUGAUUGAGGGAGGAAUUGCCUACUCACACCCUGACAAGAAGAUUCUCCAUCUUGGGUAGAAAGUUGGAGAGAACAAAUCUGAAAAUGGUGUUUUUAUAUAAUAUAUAUGAAAUAAGCAUGCAUUUGAACCAUUUGUACGACUAUUAUGAAGUUGGUGUGAUAUAACUGUUACCGGUUAUUUGCUUGUUUUUAAUUGGAGUAGCACUCUCAUUUA